AUGGGUGGAAUUUGGAGCAGUAAAACAGGUUUAUUGUUGAUUAUUCUUUUUGUUGUCAUUUACAAUGAGUAUUUGACAUAUUACAUAACAAUCUAUACGACAUGUUCGUGGCCUAUUAUAUCAACAACAGAAGAAGGACGUAAAAAAGAGACACGAGUGAUUAUAUUGACCGAUAUCCAUCUCUUAUUAUCCAGUCAAAAUGAAUAUUGGUUCGACAAGAUAAGAUGGGAAUGGCAAAUGUACCGGUCGUUUCAGUCAGCCGUAUCAUUGACUCGUGAUUUAUUUGAUGGUAGUACCAUAAGCAGUCAACAGGACCUUAUAAAUUAUGCAAAUCAUUUCAAUGAACUUUUUUAUGUACCCAAAAACGUUGAAAGACAUUGUAUUGUGGGCAAUCAUGAUAUUAUAUCCCAUCAUAAAAUCAAUCCAGUACGUUUGCAAUUUUUCUCGCAACAUUUUUCACGCUCACUUGUUGAUCACAUCGUUAUUGGUGGAAAUCAUUUCGUAUUGUUGAAUUCCAUGACAAUUGAUUGUGGUGAUUGUUUGCUUCGGAACGUUACCAAAGAUCAAGUUGAGCAGCUGAGUCAAGUAUUUAAUUGUAAUAGAAAUCUAAAAGCACCAUGUAAUAUUCAUUCAAGACCCAUCUUAUUGCUUCAUGUCCCAUUGUACAGACAUAGUGAUUCAAAAUGUGCCAAUGACUAUGAUGUAGCGCCAGAACCAAGAAAGUCAGAGCGUUUUCGUGCUGGAUUUCAUUGCCUUUCCAAUGUGUCGUCUCAUUACAUUCUGAAAAAACUGAAACCUCGUGCUAUCUUUGAUGGUCAUCUGCAUUACAGUUGUCGAACAUGGUGGCCAUCACCGUAUAAUGUAUAUGAAUGGACAUUAUCGUCAUUUUCAUGGCGAAAUAUUCCACAACCUGCAUUUCUUCUUGUCACUGUAACUCCUGACGAUAUUCAGGUUAGUAGUCUAUAUUUCUGA